AUGCGGAAUUACGUCGAGCCCCUCAGAAGCGAGCGCAGUCUUCGCAUUGUCGUCAUGAUGCUGAUAAAAAGAUAUCGGCGAAGACGAUAUAUAGAAGCCAUCUCACUGCUCCGAUGGAAAGCUCCUCAGACCCUUGCAGGAGAGCAAAUGAUUUUUCGGCUUCCAAAACAGACGGACCAACAUCGGACGAGAACAAUCAUGGCCAUGGGCGGACAAGGACAACACUUUGCGACACUGCAUGCCUCAGCACUUACGACGGACCGUUUAGCCAGCUGCAAUGUCCAACUGACAGAUGACAGGAGAAGCCAGGAAAGCCCACCCUCCAACGGCACUCGAUGGUACCAGGACAAGGGCACGAUUCAACGGCAACAGAGAUGCCUGCGAGCAUUGGAUAAAGCAUCACCCGCGGUGUACGGAGUACAAGCAUGA